UUUCGCACGCUGCUCUCCGAGGUGCUGAAUCCCGCCUGAUUCUCACCUCAGAUAAGAAUAGUGGCGGUCCUGCUCACCUCAAGGUGAAGCCGGUUCGAUUGCACGAUAAUUCGCCAUCGCUGAAUGUCUGGUGGUAAUAACACUUUACAACUUCAACCGUUUACAUUUUGGUUCAUCUGAUUUAAUCGUUAAUUGGAUCCUAGGAUGGGUCGCGCGGAAUGGAGCGCCAUUAGGCACGGCGGAGCGGGUUGUCUGACUGCUGCUUGGUGACUGGGGAACCAGCCCGAUCACGUCCAACCUUUUUCUUCACUUCACUCGUCCGUUUAGGACGGUGGGUUUCUGCGUGCGGAGGAGCAGCGCUUGGAACAACGUCUGGAUGAACAAUAUGUUCAUGACCGCCGCGCCGCCCUUUAUCAUAGAGUAACUGUUAGAUUAAAAAUAAUUUGGAUAUGGAGCCAGAAAAGGAACGAGCUUUUCCUCCCACUAGAGAGGGGAUCAAGAGCAUGGCUGGGAAGGCCCUCGGGACUCUGCACAGGAAGCUGGAAAGACGCCAGCAGACCGGUGAGGUGAUCGAGCUGACGGAGGAUGGGAGACCCCGGGACCAGCAGCAGAAGAAGACACCCCUAUGCGACUGCACGUGCUUUGGGGCUCCUCGCAGGUACAUCAUCGCGAUGAUGAGCGGGCUCGGCUUCUGCAUCUCUUUCGGGAUCCGGUGCAACCUGGGCGUGGCCAUCGUGAGCAUGGUCAACAACAGCACGAUCCACCGUGACGGCAAGAUCAUAGUGAUCGAGAAAGCAAAAUUCAACUGGGACCCGGAGACCGUGGGGAUGAUCCACGGCUCUUUUUUCUGGGGCUACAUAGUCACCCAGAUCCCGGGAGGAUAUAUAUCGUCACGAUUAGCAGCGAACAGGGUGUUUGGGGCGGCCAUCUUCCUCACGUCUACACUCAAUAUGUUCAUUCCCUGUGCCGCCCGCAACCACUAUGGAACAGUCAUCUUUGUGAGGAUAUUACAAGGACUUGUGGAGGGAGUUACCUACCCUGCCUGUCAUGGCAUAUGGAGUAAAUGGGCCCCACCGAUGGAGAGGAGUCGCCUGGCAACUAUAUCUUUCUGCGGCUCCUACGCGGGCGCCGUCAUCGCCAUGCCUCUGGCGGGGAUCCUGGUGCAGUACACCGGCUGGUCCUCUGUCUUCUACCUGUACGGGUCGUUUGGGAUGGUGUGGUACCUAUUCUGGAUUCUGGUGUCCUACGAGAGCCCGGCGGAGCACCCCACCAUCACUGACGAGGAGCGCACCUACAUCGAGGAGAGCAUAGGGGAGAGCGCCCAGAUGAUGGGGGCCAUGGAGAAAUUCAAGACUCCUUGGAAGAAGUUUUUCUGUUCCAUGCCCGUCUACGCGAUCAUCGUGGCCAACUUCUGCAGGAGUUGGACCUUCUACCUGCUCCUCAUCAGCCAGCCCGCCUACUUUGAGGAAGUGUUUGGUUUUGAAAUCAGCAAGGUUGGAAUGGUGUCCGCUCUGCCCCACCUGGUGAUGACCAUCAUCGUACCUCUGGGAGGCCAGCUGGCCGACUACCUCCGCACCAACAACAUCAUGUCCACCACCAUGGUGCGGAAGAUCAUGAACUGCGGAGGAUUUGGGAUGGAGGCUACUCUACUGUUGGUGGUGGGGUACUCUCACAGCAAGGGUAUGGCCAUCUCUUUCCUUGUCCUGGCGGUUGGUUUCAGUGGCUUCGCUAUAUCAGGUUUCAAUGUCAAUCAUCUGGACAUUGCUCCUCGCUACGCCAGCAUCCUCAUGGGUAUAUCCAACGGAGUGGGGACUUUGUCAGGGAUGGUGUGCCCUCUCAUAGUCGGGGCCAUGACCAAGAACAAGACCCGCGAGGAGUGGCAGUACGUCUUCCUCAUCGCUGCCAUGGUGCACUACGGGGGCGUCAUCUUCUACGGCAUCUUCGCGUCCGGGGAGAAGCAGCCCUGGGCCGACCCCGAGGAGAUGAGCGACGAGAAGUGCGGCUUCAUCGACGAAGACGAGCUGGCCGAAGAGACUGGGGACAUCACCCAGAGCAUCGGGCCCGGGGGAGCGGUGGGUGGGCCCCCCAAGAGCUACGGGGCCACGGCUCAGCUGAACGGGGGCUGGGUCCAGGACUGGGAUAAGACAGAGGAGUACGUGCAGCAGCCCGCCGGUCAGAUGCACGCCAAGGACGGAUACUCCUAGAGCGUCCACCCCUUCACGUGGGCGAUGCGGUGAGUGGACUUACCAAGGCCAAACCAGUGUCCGGACCGCGGACUGCACAAAGUAAGUGGUUUAAUCAGCUAUUCAUUCCGUGUACUCAACAAAAACAUCAUUUAAACAUGCAGUAUAAAGAGAUAGUUGAAAAUUUAUUGCAAUGCAAAACAAUCCUCUCGGGAUUUCAAGGUGUUACUCAUCACAUGUAUCUAGCCGGCAUAAUGAACUAUAGGAAGAAAACAUGUACUGAUAUAUUAGAAACUUAGGGUUCCCAAACCUCACCAAUCUACUUGAACAACGAGAGCCAUUGCCAAUCGCCAUAGUAGGGUCUACAGUAGGUUAACACCAUUCUGAUUGCACUGAUAACAUAAGUAUUCAAAAGAAGAAGAUUCUAAUGUAUUUCUCAAAAAUGUGUUUUAUGUAAUGUAUAUACCUGUAUACUGUUUCUGUGAGACUAUUGUGGAUUUGGGUCUUUGAUCUGUGUUAACAUUGAUAUAAAAGGCCAUAUUUUUCAUGGACAGUACCUUUUCAGGGAUUCGUCUGCUUGCAAAAAUGGUCUUCUUAAGCAAGGCCAAUAAAACAUAGGAGAAAACUAGUGUGAGUGAAGUUGAACCUCAAAUGUAGAAUCUUAGUGUGUGUCGUUGCAUGAAUUUGCUCAAUUCAAUGUUUGGAUACAGCCUUCUGACAGUCUCUGAUAGUCCUGAUUCUGCCUGCUGCUUCUGGUCUUAGAUAGGUGUUUGUCAACAUAAGUAAUAAAGUGAACUUUCAUAAUCAGGUUCUGGCAGUAACGUAAGAUGCAUCAGAGAGCACAGAAGGCCAAUGUUCUCAAGAAGUUGUUUAUGGAUGUUUGGUGUGCACUGCAAUAACUCCUGUGUAUCACUUCCCCGUCAUCACUCUAUGUUUAGUGGCGUAGCACUGCCUUGCUGUAUCUACUCGUAGUUGUUUUAGAGUCACGUGAUGAUCGACAUAAGAUAUGUGUUUGAACCAGUUCAUGUUAUUGCUGAGGAUGCAGGGCGAAUCAUCGCAUUCCCACCGCCAAGAAAACCGUACUGUAUCUGAACAACCGCGUUUUUGUGAUCCGUUUGGUGUUUCUUGGUUGUUCUCAUCGUCACCAAACGUACUUUAUUGAUGAUUUGAUAUUGUCAAGUAAAAAAAAAAUUAAGAAAGAACACAUUUUAAAAAGAUGGGCUUUCCCAUCAUAUUUUGUUUGCUAUUUAAUCACUUUAGAUUCUAUGUGAACACUGCAAGGAUGUUUAAAAUAUAUACAUAUUUAAGAAUGUUAAAGAUGACCAAAAGAUACUAUCAGGCCUUUGUGCCUGACAUUUAAGCAUACAGAUAAAUGUGAUUUUAUGGCUUCCCACAAUGUGUUUAACAAAGACAAAUGUUGAUGUCAAAAAGUGUCACAGAAAUGCUCACAUGGUUUUAUAAAAAAUACAUCCAAAAGUC